GGCACCGAGCUCGGCACCCUCGGUGAGGGAGGCAGCGCCCAGCCGCCACCCCCAACAUGGCGGCGCCGCGCUCAAGAUGGCGGCGGGCGGCGGUCGCCCCCUCCCCGCGCUCCCGCCUCAAGAUGGCGGCGCGGGGCGGCGGAGGAGUGGCGAGCCGCGGAAGCCGGGUCAUGGCAGCGCCGGAAGAACCGUGCGGAGGCGGCCGGGCCGGCGGGGAGCCAGGCCGGGAGGCGGCGGGUUUGAGCGGUGCCCGGUGCGGCGGGGCCGCCGCCAUGUUCCGCUGUGGAGAGGAGCUUCUAAGUGGGGAGAGCGAGGAGGAAAGUAAUGGUGUCAACCUGAUGGAGUUCUCGGAUGAGAUCCUUUUGCACAUCCUAAGCUACGUCCCUUGCACAGACCUUGUCCUGAAUGUCAGGAAAACCUGCAGGAAACUCGCAACGCUUUGCCUUGACAAGAGUCUAACCCAUACAGUUCGACUUCAGAAAGACUACAAGGUAAACAAAGACAAAGUGAAGCAACUGAUGAGGGAUAUCGGAAAAGAGAUUUAUCAGCUGAACAUGGCUGGGUGCUAUUGGCUGCCCAGCUCCACUAUUGAUCAUGUAAUACGAUGCAAGAACCUGGUAAAACUGAACUUGUCUGGGUGCCACAUCACUUCUCUCCGCCUCUCAAAGAUGCUGUCCGCGCUCCAGCACCUGCGCUCCCUGGCGAUAGAUGUAAACCCGGGUUUCGAUGCCAGUCAGCUAAGCAGUGAGUGUAAAGCCACUCUUAGCCGUGUCUCGGAAUUGAAGCAAACCCUUUACACUCCGUCAUACGGUGUCGUUCCGUGCUGCACUAGCCUUGAGAAACUGCUGCUUUACUUUGAGAUCCUUGAUCGCUCGCGAGAAGGUUUUAUGCUCUCGGGGCAGCUGAUGGUAGGUGAGAGCAAUGUGCCCCAUUACCAGAACCUUCGCGUCUUCUAUGCCAGGCUGGCUCCUGGCUACGUUAAUCAGGAGGUGGUGAGGCUGUACUUGGCGGUGCUAAGUGAUCGGACACCUGAGAACCUGCACGCCUUCCUUAUUUCUGCCCCUGGUAGUUUCGCUGAGACAGGAGCCACUAAAAACCUCCUGGACUCCAUGGCUCGAAAUGUACGCCUGGAUGCUUUACAAUUGCCCAAAGCCUGGAUUAACGGCUCUGGGCUCCUGCAACACUUGAAGUUCAACAACCCUUUCUACUUCAGCUUUAGCCGAUGCACCUUAUCCGGUGGUCACCUGAUCCAGAGAGUUAUUAACGGUGGGAAGGAUCUGAAAAGCUUGACCAGCCUGAACCUCAGUGGCUGUGUUCACUGUCUGGCUCCAGAGUCCUUGUUCCGAAAAGCAGAAGACGACAUUGACAGUAGCAUUCUGGAAAGCCUGGUAGUGUCUUGCUGCAACCUGAGACACCUCAACCUCUCCGCAGCUCACCACCACAGCUCAGAAAGCAUAGGGAAUCACUUGUGCCAGCUUCUGUCCAGGCUAAAGCACCUACUGUCGCUGGCACUGCCAGUUUGUUCCAUCACAGACGUUGCUGCAAACGUGGAAAAGCCUCCCACGCAGUCUAAUGCGGUGCCCCAAACGUUUGGAAAGAAAGUCCGGGUGGGGAUACAGACGUACCCGAGGAACUUAAUGGACCAGGCAAAUCCGAAGAUAGAGUCCUCGGUGUUCUGGACUCUGAUGGGAAGUCUCCGGUUUUUGGAAACCUUGGAAAUAAUAGGGUCCAGUUUUUCCUCUGCCAUGCCCCGCAAUGAGCCAGCCAUCCGGAACUCGUUGCCUCCUUGCGUCCGGGCACAAAGCGUGGGGGAUUCGGAGGUGGCUGCCAUUAGCCAGUUGACUUAUUUGCAGAGCCUCACGUUAGCUCAACUGCCAAAUAUCAUUACUGGCUCUGGGCUCGUUAGCAUCGGACUGCAGUGCCAGCAUUUGCGGACUCUCUCGUUGGCCAACCUGGGCAUGAUGGGGAAGGUGGUCUAUAUGUCUGCUCUCAUGGACAUGCUGAAACACUGCAAGUGCUUGAGAGAUCUCAGGCUGGAGCAGCCCUACUUCAGCGCAGGCACCCAGUUCUUCCAGGCACUGAGCCACUGCUCCUCUCUCCAGCGGCUUUGCAUCGUCUCCCGGAGCGGGACUCUGCAGUCUGACGCAGUGAUGUCAUUCAUGGCCAGCUGCCUCGAGGUCAUCAUGUGCCACAUGUUUAUGGGAGAAUCUCUCACCGUCUGCAAAAACCUCCAGCAGUCUAUUGUCCGGAGCUCCAUCAGCUGAAGUUCUGGAUGUACGGCCCCGUCAUAAAUCAAACGGCACUUCUGUGUAAACAAAACAUCUGCCGACAUUUUAAGCACCGAGAGGUUUGACCUUGAAGCUUUCCUCCUUUCCCACAAGUGACUAAGAUAAUUCUUCGUCCUCUAAUCACUUGUAAAUGUCACUUACUGGUAAUCCCCUGGUAGUACAAUUCAAAGCCUUUUUAAAGGGUUGUUGUGAAGGGUUUUUCUUUGGUGGGGGGGGGGGGAAGAAUUGGUACAAACUGCCUUUGCACGUUUGGCAGUUCUUAAAUGCAUUUUGCUUGGCCCCUUGCAGUGCUCUGAGGCUCACGUGGUGGGAAACGUUUGUGUGAGCCGUGAACUGCAUUUGAAAAGGGAGCUUUUAAUUACUCCGGGCAUUUUGGAAUCUAAUAGCGGCAGUCAUCUAACAAAAUACUUCCCAAGCAACAGACUCGCCAUUAUUUUUAUUUUCUGUAAGGCGUCUUCUCCGCCUUCGAUCUGUUUCCUUUCUCACCUACCGUCGCUUUGCCCUGUUUUCUAACAAAAAUUUCAGGUCGCAUGGUGUUAUUGCUGCGUCCUGAGGGGUGCUCCUCCCCCCAGCCUUUCUCCAGCUUCACGCUGACUUAUUACUCUUGGCUCGUUUCCGAGGAUCGGCUCCAGAAGAGCCUAUGACUACAUUAGCUACCUCUCGAGCUGCACACGGGAUUGCUUGUUCCAGCCUCUAGAAGGCUCCGUGUUCUUUUGGGACAGCGAUUGUUGGAAACACCUCUAUGAAUUCCUUGUCAGGGAUUCCUUGGGUUUGUGUUUUCACAGGGCCUCGUAUCUGUAAAGUCAGUCCUUGGUCGGUUUUGGUAGUGCUCUGAGGAUCCCUAGAAAGAACCAAGAAUCCACAGUUUCUGGUUUUAUUCUGCCUUCCUCCCUGAGAUGCCAUUGCAGCACUGGCCAACAUUUUAACGUCCGCUUACUGAGCAGAAAAAUGCUGUUCUGCAGUCUCUUCCUCCUCUCUCUCUCUCUCUGCUGUGUAUGGAUUCCCACUACAUUCUGUACCUCUUAAUAAUUGAAACCCUGGGAACUUUCCAAAGAGCAGCUGAUGCCUCAUGAAAAUGUUAAAAACUGCUUUUAUAUUUAGCAACAGUUCUGGCUGUCAGACUAUUUCUCUCCUUUUGUAUCUUAUUAAUAGAGACGUUUGUAUGAAAACAGAAUUUUUGAAGUUUUUUUUUUCAGAGCAGAGCAUCUGCUCCCACUGCAAAUCCUGCACCUGAAGUCAUAAUCCUCCGUGACAUUGUAAUCGGGGGCUCUGGAAACGAUUUUGAUGCCACGUAAGAUUAUGACUUCAGGAGGAGGAGAAGCAGUGGGAGCAGAUGCUCUCCUAAGCAACAGAGAUCCCAUUCUCAUGCGACUGUCUCCAGUAAUAACACGGAGGGAACAAAAUACAGAAAACGAUGUGUAAGCAAAGCCUGGGGUCUUCCACGAGCCAUCAGCGAGCCUUUAACCACGCCAUUUUCCCAGCGAUCCCGUUCUCGUCCUUGCGUAAAUGUGCCUCCAGAUGGGGGUCAGGAAUUGACUUUCUCUUGACUGCAUUUUAUCUGCUGCUCCCAGGGCAAAGAGACGUGCAGUAAAAUCCUUGAGCGGGCUGGUUGAUGAG